AUGAGUACCGGCAUCCCGCCGUGGCGUGUAUCAGCCUCAGCCCCGGGCCCUCAACCUGUUGCUUUUUCUUCGACCGCCACCCCCGCCUAUAUUCCAGUCCAAGCACGACGUAGCCUUGCCCAUAAUACGACCAGUUUUCCACCCUCCAUCGGACCCAUUGCCCCUCAACCCACCAUGUCCACAGCGGAUGCAGACUCACGGCCACGCGUGGAGUUCCCACCCGCCGUACGUCAAUACGUACAGCGAUGUUUUGCCCCCGACAAUCAGGUCGCCAGCGUGAGCGCCACAGAGAUGCAAGAGAAGCUGAGAACUGUCAUCACCGAAGCCGCCGAGAACCACCGGCUGGACAAGAUCGACUGGGAGAGACUUCCACUCCCACAGGUCAUGAUCCAGAAUGAACGCAACAAGAUCCUGGCAAACCCGAUUGUCUCGAACUGGGGGGCCUCCAGUCAACCAUCUUCCCCCAGUGAUGCCAGCCGCAAAAGAAAGUCAACCGAUAUUCAUAACCAGCAGUCUGGAAAAGACUCACCCCCGUGGAGAAAAACUAACAAUAACCGCAAUCGUUUUGAGGACCGAGUCACUUACCCGUCCACAGACAAAAGACAGCGCAUGGCCCUGGAUGACUCUAGUAAGUCCAAAGCUAAUUUGGAGAUGAGGAAGAAGCGUUUUGAGGGCGUCGGGGUCAACUACAGGAAUUCUGGCACUUCUUCCCCAGUCGACUCUCCAUCGCGAAGUGUCGAUUCCGACCAAGGACCUGUGGUUGGACGAUGCCAGAACCUGGAAAAGAACUACUUUCGCCUGACCUCCGCCCCCAACCCGGAUAGCGUACGGCCAUUACCCGUCCUCCAAAAGACCUUGGAUCUGUUGAAGAAGAAAUGGAAGCAGGAGGGUAACUAUACCUACAUCUGUGACCAGUUUAAAUCCCUCCGACAGGACUUGACGGUGCAGCACAUCCGGAAUGACUUCACCGUCAUCGUCUACGAGAUUCAUGCGCGCAUCGCCUUGGAGAAAGGGGACCUUGGUGAGUAUAAUCAGUGCCAGACUCAGCUGCGAGUUCUGUAUGCACAGCAGCUGGGCGGGCAUCCGACAGAAUUCAAGGCGUAUCGUAUUCUCUAUUUCAUUUAUACCCGCAAUUGGACGGCCAUGAACGAUGCGCUAGCCGACGUGACAGCAGAAGACAAGCGAGACCUCGCCGUCAAGCAUGCUCUGGACGUUCGCUCCGCGCUGGCGCUUGGCAACUACCACCGUUUCUUCCAGCUGUACCUGGAUACCCCCAAUAUGGGGGCCUACCUGAUGGAUAUGUUUGUUGACCGAGAACGGUUAAGUGCGCUUGCUGCCAUUUGUAGAGCGUAUAAACCCGACGUCAAUAUCAGAUUCAUCACCGAAGAACUUGGAUUUGAGUCCGAUGAGCAGACUGCUCGUUUCAUCCUAGACCAUUCUUCCGAGCAGCAACUCCUGGAAGAGAAGAAUGGGUCUGUGAGGCUGUUGACUGGCAAGGUCGGCCAGCUGUUUGAAGUGGCCAAAGCCGAGGCCCACCGCGUUGUCGACAUCAAGGGCCAGAUCUGA